AUGGAGGGCGAGAGGAGGCACAAGCAAGCUAAACAGGGUGAGACCUGCAAGAUGACAUCGGCGGCCCGAUGCAGUCGGAAUUCGAGAUUGCAGCGCCACCGUUUGCAGCGGGAAAAGAAUUUGGCGGAGUCUUUCGCCUUCGACAAGGCAAGCAACAAGAACAAGUUCAUGCCCUGGACGGGCCUCGCGGCGAAGGAGCUCCCUUCGGCUUUGCCGCGCCCUCGCGGACAGAGGCUCGGCGAGCCCGAGGAACCGGCGGCCUCGCGGCGCCGCGUCGAGCACCGCGGCGACCCAGAGGCGCUGCGGCGCCACAGGGAAGAGAACGAAGACCGGCUCCGUCGGGAGGCCGCGGCUAUGCGGGAGCCCGCCAAACAAAGCGGGCAAGCUCGCCCACUCCCGUUCCUGAAUCAGGAGUGGCAGCAAUUCUUGAGCGAGAACCGAGACGCUUGGCAGGACCUCAUGCGCUCGGCCAUUGCCGAUAGGCGGCGCCUGAACGAGAAGCAGACGCCCAUGAGUGAGCUGCCGCCCGCGCCGAGGCUUCAGCCAGUGCGAACAGCGACGCCUCCGUUCAAAUGGUUGAAGAAGUUGCUUGCCAGCCCCGACGGAUUUUUCGCUUUGGGCGGCAGGGUGGGCGCGCCUGCAAGCCAACGGCUCGUUAUGUUCUCUUGCUCUUUGCUGAAGCAGUGCUGGGCCCUCCCGCUGGCCCGCCUUGGCCCACAACGCUACGUGCUAUACCUCAAGCGCGUGCGGUCGGAUUUCAGGCCAGCCCAGGGGGCCCUCGACUCCCGUCCGUGGGCGAACGACGCGGACAACGUCGUGGUCUACGAGCUGCGGCUGGAGUUCGUUGGCACGGACGACCGCGGGCCAAUGUUCCGCGCGGCCCAGGCUUCGGAGGUGCCCGACGCGGUUCUGGAGUCAAAGAAGUGCGCCGAGGAGGGCGAGGAAGACGGGGGCGACGUCGCUGAGGCCAGCGACUCCGUCCUCCAGUCUUGCCAAUCGAGUUUGGAGCAGGAGGCCGAGGGUGCCGCCGAGGAGGCCGACGCUGAGGACGGCAAAGGCUCCGACGACGACGGCGAGGAUGGCGGGCGCGCGGCCGCCCGCACUUGGACCACGGAAAGCAAUGGAUAUUUCACUUUCAGCGACCACCCCGGGUGGCCUGACGCGAGGGCCAGAAUUGCCCCGAGGUGGCGCAAGCCUGGGGAGAUGGGCACGAAGGGGGCCCACAAAACCGCGACUUGCCACCAUUAUGGCGAAGACAAAGACUCGCCCCGCCCCAUCACGAACCUCGUGCUCCGGGCCUGGACGGUUUGGCGCAUCCAGCAGCACGGCUUCCACACGAAGAAUCCGUGCCGCCUACGUUGGAUCGCUGACCAAAUGGCGCAGUUGAGGCGCGGCGUCGCCGCCCUAGCCCAUCCUUCGGGGCGCACUGGCUCCCCGAAGGCCGACGGCCUGAUCCAGAAGUGGUCUGGCCUUUUUGGCUGA